AUGGCGGCCGAUAACACAGAUCAGAUGUUCUGGAGCCGCGAAUUCGCCCGCCUCGUCGGGGUCCUGACUAAUGCUCAUCUCGUAAGUGCUGCAGAGCAUGGGGAAAUAUGGGGCCACAUCUUCGAUUGGAAGUCUAGCCUGGCAGCACUGAUCCACGAUCUUUUACAACCCGAAAGCCUGCUGGCAAUCGAGCAUCCCCAACUCCAUGAGGUGCUCUCAAGACGCUACUACGCCAGCAUGCAAGCCAGAGGGGAAACAGAGGUAUCCAAAUGCACGCACAAGGUGGACGGGCAGCAUCGAACAGAUAGUUAUAGAUACCAGCAGUGCAUACACGACCAACAUUCUACUAUCCAUCGCCAAGGCGAGGAGAACGUGCCUGAUACGUACCGCGCUAGUCUCUGUCCCAAACUGCUCGACGAGUUUGUACUUCGGGGUAUUCUGGGGUCUGGAACCUUUGGAGUCGUCUUCCUGGCUCAUAAGCGAAGUGAUACCAGACCUGCAGCCGAACAAAAAUUAUACGCAAUCAAGGUCGAGACUCUAUCGACCAUCAACACCGACGUGAGAAAACGGAGCUUACAUCCGAGUGUGGCACCUCUAUACUACCAGGAGCCGCAUGACUUCCGCUAUAUUCCAAUGGAGGCCUACCUUCUGCUGCUCAUGGCUGGCUGUAAGCGGUUCCCGAUGCUGGACUCCGUCUACUCCCACGGCAAGUACAAGGCAACAGUAAUGGAAGCUACGGUCCGAAAGGAAGUCCGUGAAAAGGAAUACAACCCGUAUUCCGAAACGGAGGACUGGUGCGAGAAUCAGAAUAUGUUCCGCCCAACUAGCGGAUCCUUUCGGCUUGACUCGAAAGAGAAGAAGACUACACUGCUCGAAACCGAGGCCUGCAAGAUAUCAACCCAACUGCUGGAAGCAACAGCAUACCUAUAUGACAUACGACUCUGCCACACAGACAUCUCUCACGUCAACUACCUACUCGAUGAUGACUCAAAUGUAAACUCCCUUCUCCUCCCUACAAGCAAAUCCCUACAACAACCUCCAGAAAGAAACCACCCACUAACCCUUCCCCAAAAACAGACAACCCUAAUCGACCUCGGCCUCAUUCACUUCGGCCUCCACGACGCCGACUUCCAAAAAAGCCACACGCCCUACAUCGCCAACUACGAGAAAUUCAUGACUCCCGAACUCGCCACCGAACUGCUAAAACCCGAAUACAACAAUACCAAAUUCCGCUCCCGCACCGUCCAAAUCCCCCUCCGCCACGACGUCCGCUGCCUUACCCUCUGGCAACUCGGCUGCAUCUUCUACGAGCUCCUGCACGGCUUCGCGCCUUGGGAAGAGCCAAACCCGGAUCCGGAUAUCGGGCGCCUUGUCGAUUGGACCAGGGGCCAGGAUGCCGCACAGCAGGCCCGGAGAGCGCGAAAGAUAAGGCAGCGGCGGAGGCGCAUUAUUAGAGAGGAGUUGCCCGUUAGUGAUGAGCUAUCGCAGGAUUUUGUGGAUAUGCUGAGGGUUAUGUUUACGAAGGACCCUGAGGAGAGACCGAAGUUGCAGGAGCUGUUGUCCAUGCCUUGGUUUGGGCAGACGAGUUAUUGGGAAGAGUGGAUGGCGCAGGAGAGGAGGAGGAAGGCUGCUGGUUGA